AAAACCUGGUUCUGUUGGUGCUUCAGAGGAAAAAAACCUGUGACAGAAUCUGCCCCCGGGACCAGUUAACUCGAACUCCUUUCCUCACACUGUCAAUCCUGCGUCUCCUUCUCCUUCUGUGUUCACACUCUUUUUUCUCUAUACCAAACACCAUACACGACUUCACUUCUCAUAUACGCUAUCUUUCAUUUCAUCUGCACGCCGGUCGUCACUAAUACUUUCUGUCAACUUUACUGCAUCGCCAAUUCGUUGACGUAUUGGCGCCGAGAACGCCCGCCACCUACUUGGGCGCUUAAUCCUUGGAUAUCGACACUCUGCCGCAGGGCCGACCCCCCGAGCCUCCUACUCGGUAGCAUCGCGCAGCCAUCCAUUUUCGUCUAACCUCUACCGAGUCCGUCACUACGAAUCCCUCCAUUUCAAUAACGUCCCAGUCACGACCACUCCGGUCGCAGUCCGGUCCUCCUACCUCCUGUACUUAUCCUAGCCUGCAUAAGCUGCCCACGUCCACCGCCGAGAGGAUUUCAUCUUCAACCAUUCUGGGCGCGGCGCCAUGUCGCUCAAACAGGAGAUCGAGACUUGGGUCGAGGCCCUCGGCCACUACGACAAUCAAGAAUUCGAGGAAGCCUUGACCAUCUUUGAUGCUAUCGCGGAUACGUCCAAGAUCCUGUUCAACUGCGGUGUUAUUCAUGCAACAAUUGGCGAACACGACAGGGCGGUGGAAUGCUACCAAAGAGCAAUUAAGCUGGACCAAUAUCUCGCAGUCGCAUACUUUCAGCAGGGUGUAUCCAAUUUUCUCGUUGGCGACUUCGAAGAGGCCCUGGCCAACUUCAAUGACACCCUUCUAUAUCUUCGAGGCAACACAUACAUCGACUACGAACAACUCGGCCUGAAGUUCAAACUCUACUCAUGCGAGGUCUUGUUCAACAGAGGUCUGUGUUAUAUGUACCUGCAGCAGGAGGAAGCUGGCAUACAGGACUUUACAUUUGCGCAGAAGGAGAAGAUGACCCCGGACCACGAUGUGAUUGACGAUGCUAUCAAGGAAAGAGCACAGGGAUAUGUCGUUUUCAGCAUUCCUGUCGGAUGUGUAUACCGACCGAACGAAGCGAAAGUGAAGAACCUGAAGGCCAAAGACUACCUGGGCAAGGCCCGGUUAAUUGCUACCUCCAACCGUUCGAACACCGGUACUGGGUUCGAAGGCGUUGAACGCAGGCAAGCUGUAGCCGCAGAGUUAGGGGCAAAAGACGACAGGCCCCUUGAAAACAUCAGCUUCGCUGCAACUAAUUUGGUCCAACGGAAUCUGUCCAGUAGAGUCCCCCGCGACCAAAGUGCUCCUCCUGUUAUGAACAGGAACGUGUUUCCUCCGACCCCUCCACCAGAGACAGACAAGCCCAGGACCAACAGCACUGGAAGUGCAAAUCUUCCAAUCCGAUCAGCGUCUCUCCGCAACCCACGCCCCAUGUAUCCUACAAAGCAAGACAUGGAGCAACCUCGGCCUGGGAUGCUGUCGCGUGCGGCAACUUUUGACCAACAGGCACCUCCGAGUCGGAGUAGGAUGCAACAACCAUCCAUGAGCGAGCUUUCAUGGCAAGACGAGGCCCCAAUGCUGAGUCAGCAACCUCCAAUGGAGAGAUCCCGGUAUGGUACCCAACGGACAGCUUCUGAGCCACGGAGAGCACCCUCACGACGCCAGGUCCUCGACAGAUCAAUAUCACAGAGGGUCCCAGCCCCAGCUCCCCUAUUCCGUGAGCAACCAAGAUACGAAGACCCGGGAGCUAGUGUGGACGAUGUCUACAGCAUGUACGCGAGUCCACGACCGGUGCAACGACGACCCACGCAAAGACGUCAGGAAGAAGAUUACUUCAAUGAAGAAGAUGAAUACCUAGACGAAGAACUCGCAGACGACGAUGAUAUGGACGGCUUUGAACCCAUCCGUGCGCCAUCACGGUCCGGACGUGGCAGCUCUCGGCCCGAAAUGCGCAAGAUCCGAGUCAAAUGCCAUUUCAACGAAGAUACGAGAUACCUUAUGAUCGGCGCAGUGAUAGAUUUUGGUGAUUUUGAAAGCAAGAUACGAGAAAAGUUCAGCAUCAAAGAUCGAUUGAAGAUCAAAAUGCAAGACGAUGGUGACAUGAUCACCAUGGGCGAUCAAGAUGAUUUGGAGAUGUUGUUGAGUAGUGUACGAAGUCAAGCUAAGAAGGAGAGAAGCGAGAUGGGUAAGAUGGAGAUAUGGAUAUCGUCAUGAUAUUCUUUCGUGAUGGUGCUUUUCGUUUGACUUUUCCACUGCGAUAUAUAUCACUUCGCCCACGCAUACUCAGGAGUCUCCCGGUUUGCCGCCACCUUUUUUCCCCUUCAAAGGUGACGCUAUACGAAAUGCAGCGUUAUGAGCACACACAACCACAACAACAACAACAACUACUACUUUGGUAUAUUUCUCUACUGAUGAGAAAGGGACAAGAAAUCACAUUGACUUUGAGCGAGGAGUUGGACGACGCAUCAUCAUCAACUCUCCUCCUUUUGAGGGCUUUUGUUUGAAAACACCUGACUAGGUAUUUAGUUUCUGGUUUGACAGACUACUGGGAAUGGUUGUUUGAUUUGUUCGGCUUUUGUUCUCAAGGCGACACAACUUUUUCACUCCCAAAAUUCCUACUUAGCUCAAGCUUGUCAUGGAAUAUCAUUACAUAUCCUUCCAGGUAUCAGGAAUAAGUAUAUAGUCC